UGUGUGUGUGUGUGUGUGUGAGACGGCUGCUCACUCCAAAUGGAAAUUGAAAUAUCCUUCAAAGGCAGCGGCGCUGACAAACCGCUGAUCCUCAGCACAUUUUGCCUUUGUUGAAUUUGUUCCUGUCAGAGCCUCGUUUCUCAUGUGGACUCAAGUCAUUUCCACUCGCCGCGCCUCCAUCCCACCCCUCGUUUGAUCCUCAUGCAAACGCAGCCCUGGGUUGACUGACAGCCAACCAGACGACACGGAGAGCAGGGACCGAGUCUGACAGGACCAGCACGCCACCUCCAAGAGGAGAGCGAACAAAGCCAUCGAAGAGCAACGCCAGUGAGCGAGAGGGCGAGAGAGAGAUUUCUCUCUUGUGUGGACUUCCGUUAUUUCAGAAUUUGGGGAGCGCAUGAUGUCAUUAACGGCACAGAGGGCUUGUGUCAUGGCGUCAGGUCGGGGUGGCCCCCCACCCGCCUGGACCACACUGCCCCCCUGCUCAUCCCUGAAGCCGGCGCGGAGUGGGUUCCGGAAAGUGAGCAGCGCCGGAGAAGCGGACUCGUGCCCCAUCCCGGGCCUGCCGGAGGGCGUUCUGGAGAUGAGGGUGAAGGAGGGCAGUAAGAUCCGGAACCUUCUGGGCUUCGCCAUGGCCCGCAUGCAGGGUGGGCUGCAACACGGCGGGCGGACGCCGCUCAGACAGAUUCUCUUCACCGGGUCAGGCCGGGCCAUCACCAAAACCAUCACCUGUGCCGAGAUCAUGAAGAGGCAGAUUCGCGGGCUGCACCAACUGUCCAAGCUCCAGUACCGAACGGUCCAGGAGCAGUGGGAGGGCAGGGACAGCGCCUGCUCCAGGAUGACCAUUCACAGGAUGCUGCCGGCCAUCUACAUCCUGCUGUCCAAGGAGCCUCUGGACACCCAUGAGCCAGGAUACCAACCUCCUGAGGACCUUCUCAAUCCGAAUGGGCCGGGAUACCAACAUCUAGUGGAACUAAAACCCUGUGAACUGGGAUACCAACAUCUAGUGGAAGUAGAACCCGGUGAGAUGAGAUGCCAACCUCCAGUGGAACUAGAACCCUGUGAGAUGAGAUGCCAACCUCCAGUGGAACUAGAACCCCGUGAGAUGAGAUACCAACCUCCAGUGGAACUAGAACCCAGUGACAUGAGAUACCAGCAUCUAGUGGAACUAGAACCCUGUGAGAUGAGAUGCCAACCUCCAGUGGAACUAGAACCCCGUGUGAUGAGAUACCAACCUCCAGUGGAACUAGAACCCAGUGAGAUGAGAUACCAGCAUCUAGUGGAACUAGAACCCCGUGUGAUGAGAUACCAACCUCCAGUGGAACUAGAACCUUGUGAGAUGAGAUACCAAUCUCCAGUGCUGCAAGCUGCACCUGAGAGCAGGAAGCCAGGCGAGCACCUCAACUCUCCGCCUGACCACUACAGCAUGCUGGGAUAUCGUCCUCCAGUUGACCCUUACACUCCAUCUCACCCCCAGACGCAAGCAGAGCCACUCUACCCCCUCUCUGCACGCAGCCGACCAGGACACCUGCAUUCAGGAGACCUUGACUCUGUGUCUCAGCGCAGUAAGCUGGGAUACCAAACCUCAGCAGAGCCCUGGCCUCUGCUUCACCCCCACCAGGCAGGAGAACGGCUUUGCGUCCGUGCUGAGGAGAGGAAGACCCUCUGCCAGGCAUCCAGGAAGAGACCUCUCAGUCCCUGCUCCCCCUCCUGCGAGCCACAAGACAAAGCUGCUCUGUAUGAGGACGGGAAUGUGUAA